UCAAACUGUUUUUACUAGCACCUCCAUAGCCAGCCUCCUCCUUUUGAGAGAACCAUUUUGAAUUCAAUCAAAUUGAUGACUGUGUCCAAACUGGAGGAUGUCAGCAAUACCUUGAGAACCAGCACCAGCCCACAUGCUGAAGACCUACUGAUUUAUCAGAGCAAUUACAAUUAUUGUAAUUAAUAAAUUGAGUAGAAAACACAUGUAACCUGUAGUCUUAUUCAUUGUGAGGAUCACAAUUUGGGUUAUUGAGGUGGUCUAGUUUAAACUCCUUAUCAUUGUUUAUAUAGCUCCACUUUGUUAAUUGUAGCCAUAUUCUCUUCAUGGGAUGCAGAUGUCACGUGACCAGGAUGCUCCGUAUGGUGAAGGAAAAAUAGCAGUGAAGUCUCUCAGCAAGUUACCGUACUGCAAGGGGUUCAUCACCCUUUAAUAUUCACCGAAAUAGGUGAUGAAAGCCACUCAUAAAACAAGAGAAGCCCAGCCACUUGCCAUGAGCAGUGAGCUGAACGUGCCCAUGGGCUCCCCAGCCCCGGGGGGCUUUGAGCGGAUGCCGGAGGGUGGAGGGAUGGACUACAGGGACUGGGUGCGCCGCAGCUACCUGGAGCUGGUCACCUCCAACCACCACUCUGUGCAGGCGCUGUCUUGGAGGAAGCUCUACUUGAGCCGGGCCAAACUGAAAGCCUCCAGCCGCACCUCUGCCUUGCUCUCUGGCUUCGCUAUGGUGGCAAUGGUGGAGGUCCAGUUGGAGAUCCAGUACAACUACCCACGAAUGCUCCUCAUUGCCUUUAGCGUUUGUACUACGGUGCUGGUGGCUGUGCACCUGCUCGCCCUGCUCAUCAGCACCUGCAUCCUACCCAACGUGGAGGCAGUCAGCAAUAUCCACAACCUCAACUCAGUCAGCGAGUCACCCCAUGAGCGCAUGCACCACUACAUCGAGCUGGCCUGGGGCUUCUCCACUGCCCUGGGCAUCCUGCUUUUCCUGGCAGAGGUAGUGCUGCUCUGCUGGAUCAAGUUCCUGCCCGUGGACUCUAGUUCCGCCAACCAGGUGGCGGUGGCUGCCGCAGAGCUGGCACUAUCCAAGCUGAACUGUAGCGGCCCCGCCCUGCCACCCAAGCCCACCCCUCCGCCAGGGCACAGUGGCUGGCAGGCAGCCCUGGCCUCCACCAUCAUUAUGGUGCCGGUGGGGGUGAUCUUUGUGGUAUUCACCAUCCACUUCUACCGCUCGCUGGUGAGCCACAAGACAGAGCGUCACCACCAGGAGAUCGAGGAACUGCACAAAAUUAAGGUGCUGCUGGACGGGUGCGAGAGAGGCCUACAGGCAGUGUGAUCUCUUUAGCUCUUCUCUCUAUGCUCUUCCUGUCCACUGUCAAUGCCUUCUCACAUUGUUGAGAAGCACCAAAAUUCCACUGAAUAAGUGGGAGGAUUAAGGAUUUCCUUAUCCCCUAUUUAUCAAGCACCCUUUCCUAUUCAGCCUCUAGUCUGUUCAUUGUUAAUGUCUUCCUUAAAGUUUUUUUGGCAGAGAGCCCCAAAACUCCACUUAAUAUGUGGGAAGUUUAAGGAAUUCUCAGCUCUACUAAAUUAUGGAGGUCAAAGUUCAUAGUAUGUUUGUUUGAUUUGGAAAAUAGUAUCUUGUCUCAGAGCUGUAUUGAUUAUAUUUUAAAGAUUAUUUUAAAGGGCUGUUUUGUGUCAUCUCCACAUUUCAUUAAGGAAGUAGUGUCAACCCUCACAUGUGCUUAACUUGUUCUCACAAGGCUGUUAUUGUUGUCAGGCUAUGAUCAACACUGAGACCAGAGUUGUAAGCAGAUGCAGAAGCAGGUGGAAACAAAAGUCCAUUUAUUUUUGAAGGUGUUCAUGCUGCACCAAACAGUGUGUAAUGUACACUGAACAAAAAAUAUAAACACAACAUGCAACAAUUUCAAAGUUACAAUUCAUAGAAGGAAAUCAGUCAAUUGAAAUAAAUUCAUUAGGCCCAAAUCUAUGGAUUUCACAUGACUGGGAAUACGGAGAUACAUCUGUUGGUCACAUACGCAUAGAGUUGAUCGGGCUGUUGAUUGUUGCCUGUGUAAUGUUGUCUCACUCUUAAAUGCCUGUGCGAAGUUGCUGGAUAUUGGCUGGAACUGGAACACAAUCUUAUAUGUCAAUCCAUAGCAUCCCAUCCCGAACAUGCUCAAUGGGUGACAUGUCUGAGUAUGUAGGCUAAGGAAGAGCUGGGACAUUUUCAGCAUCCAGGAAUUGUGCACAGGUCCUUGUGGCAUGGAGCCAUGCAUUAUCAUGCUGAAACAUGAGGUGAUGGCGGCAAAUUAAUGGCAAGACAAUGGGCCUCAGGAUCUCGUCACGGUAUCUCUGUGCAUUGAAAUUGCCAUUGAUAAAAUGCAGUUGUGUUCGACGUCCGUAGCUAAUGCCUGCCUGCCCAUACCAUAACCCCACCUCCACCAUGGGGCUCUGUUCACAACGUUGACAUAAGCAAACCGCUUGCCCACAUGAUGCUAUACGCAGUCUGCCAUCUGCCAGGUCAGAGUUGAAACUAGGAUUCAUCCGUGUAGAGCACACUUCUCCAGUGUACCAGUGGCCAUCGGAAGUGAGCAUUUGCUCACUGAAGUAGGUUACGACACAGAACUGCCGUCAGGUCAAGACCCUGGUGAGGACGACGAACACGCAGAUGAGCUUCCCUAAGACUGUUUUUGACAGUUUGUGCAGAAAUUCUUCGGUUGUGCAGCUGUCCGGGUGGCUGGUCUCAGACAAUCCCACAGGUGAAGAAGCCAGAUUUGGAGGUCCUGGGCUGGCGUGGUUACACGUGGUCUGCGGUUGUGAGGCUGGUUGAAUGUACUGCCAAAUUCUCUAAAACUAUGUUGGAGGCGGCUUAUUGUAGGGAAAUGAACAUAACAUUUUCUGGCAACAGCUCUGGGGGACAUUCUUGCAGUCAAGCAUGCCAAUUGCAUGCUCCCUCAACUUGAGACAUCUGUGGCGUUGUGUGAAAAAACUGCACAUUUUAGAAUGGCCUUUUAUUGUCCCCGGCACAAGGUGCACCUGUGUAAUGACCAUGCUGUUUAAUAUGCUUCUUGACAUGCCACACCUGUCAGGUGGCUGGAUUAAUUUGGCAAAGGAGAAAUGCUCACUAACAGGGAUGUUAACAAAUUUGUGCACACAAUUUGAGAUGUUUUUUUGUGUUGUAUGGAACAGUUCUGGGAUCUUUAAUUUCAGCUCAUUUUUAAUUUUACCUUUAUUUUACUAGGCAAGUCAGUUAAGAACAAAUUCUUAUUUUCAAUGACGGCCUAGGAACAGUGGGUUAACUGCCUGUUCAGGGGCAGAACGACAGAUUUGUACCUUGUCAGCUCGGGGAUUCAAACUUGCAACCUUUCGGUUACUAGUCCAACGCUCUAACCACUAGGCUACCCUGCCGCAUGGGACCAACACUUAUGUUGCGUUUAUAUUUUUGUUCAGUCUAUUUGAAAGUGAAGAAUCUUAUUUGGGAUGGGGGGCUGCUCUAUACUCCAGCAUUUUGGAUUUGAGAUCAAAUGUUUCAUGAGACUACAGAAUGUCUGUCACCUUUUAUUGGAGGGUAUUUCCAUAUCGUUUUUAUUGUUUUAGAAAUGAAAGCACUGUAUCUAUUCCCCCCAUUUAUGAAAAAGUCAAGUAUUUGGACAAAUUCACUUAAUACACUAAGUUUAGUAUUUUGUCUCAUAUUCCUACUCAAUGAUACCAACACGCUUGUGACUACAAACUUGUUGGAUACAUUUGUAGUUUUGAUUUAGUUGUGUUUUCGAUUGUUUUGCCCAAUAGGAACUGAAUCAUGUAUUUUCAUUUUGGAGUGACCUUUUUUUAUUGUAAAUAACAAUAGGUGUUUCUGAACACUUUUUACAUUAACGUGGAUGCUACUAUGAUAUGGAUCAUAACGAUGACCAUACAUGUUAGCAUGUUUUGUUGUAGCCUCUGAACGGUAUUUCACUUGUCAUUAUUCACGAUUCUUAAUCAGGGCAUUAUCAGGAUUAAUAUAGAUUUGUUCAAAAACAUCUUACUGUAUCUACUCACUUAGGAACUGAAUGAUGACUUGAAUUUCUUUCUAUUGGGCAAAACAACCCACAACCCACACAAAACAAAUCACAAACUUGAUGUAGUCAUUGUGUGCUAGGAUUAUAGGACCAAAUACUAAACUUUUAACUACUUUAAUACACUAAGUCAAUUUGUCCAAUAUACUUAAGACUUCUUAAAAUGCAGAGACUAGAUACAUCAAGUGCUUUCAUUUAUUUCUUAACAGUAAAACAUGUAUGAAGAUUCACCUUUUAUUUAAGGGUCAUUCUGUGCUGUCGCCUCACAUUAAACAUUUGAUCUCAAAUCCAAAAUGCUGGAGUAUGUGACAGUAAUGGGAGCACAUGCUGUGUGUGCAGACAUGCUUUGGGGAGAAUGUUAAUUUAAUCUGCAUUAUAAUUCGUAUUUUAAAGAAAGCCCACCCAGGCCUAUAAACUGUACGUCAGUUCUUAGGCUACUCUAUUGUGUCAAAGAUAGUGCCUCAGCGUUAAGACUUGUAAUCUCAUGAGUUAAGUUAUUUUUUUUAUUUAACUAGGCAAGUCAGUUAAGAACAAAUUCUUAUUUACAAUGAUGGCCUACCAAAAGGCCUCCUGCGGGGGAUGGGAUUAAAAUAUAUAUAUAUAAUAUAUAUACACACACACACACACACAGUGGGGCAAAAAAAAGUAUUUAGUCAGCCACCAAUUGUGCAAGUUCUCCCACUUAAAAAGAUGAGAGGCCUGUAAUUUUCAUCAACUAUGACACAAAAUUAGCUUGUUUUUUUUUCUCCAGAAAAUCACAUUGUAGGAUUUUUAAUGAAUUUAUUUGCAAAUUAUGGUGGAAAAUAAGUAUUUGGUCACCUACAAACAAGCAAGAUUUCUGGCUCUCACAGACCUGUAACUUCUUCUUUGAUUAGAGGCUCCUCUGUCCUCCACUCGUUACCUGUAUUAAUGGCACCUGUUUGAACUUGUUAUCAGUAUAAAAGACACCUGUCCACAACCUCAAACAGUCACACUCCAAACUCCACUAUGGCCAAGACCAAAGAGCUGUCAAAGGACACCAGAAACAAAAUUGUAGACCUGCACCAGGCUGGGAAGACAAAAUCUGCAAUAGGUAAGCAGCUUGGUUUGAAGAAAUCAACUGUGGGAGCAAUUAUUAGGAAAUGGAAGACAUACAAGACCACUGAUAAUCUCCCUCGAUCUGGGGCUCCACGCAAGAUCUCACGCCGUGGGGUCAAAAUGAUCACAAGAACGGUGAGCAAAAAUCCCAGAACCACACGGGGGGACCUAGUGAAUGACCUGCAGAGAGCUGGGACCAAAGUAACAAAGCCUACCAUCAGUAACACACUACGCCGCCAGGGACUAAAAUCCUGCAGUGCCAGACGUGUCCCCCUGCUUAAGCCAGUACAUGUCCAGGCCCGUCUGAAGUUUGCUAGAGAGCAUUUGGAAGAUCCAGAAGAAGAUUGGGAGAAUGUCAUAUGGUCAGAUGAAACCAAAAUAGAACUUUUUGGUAAAAACUCAACUCGUCGUGUUUGGAGGACAAAGAAUGCUGAGUUGCAUCCAAAGAACACCAUACCUACUGUGAAGCAUGGGGGUGGAAACAUCAUGCUUUGGGGCAGUUUUUCUGCAAAGGGACCAGGACGACUGAUCCGUGUAAAGGAAAGAAUGAAUGGGGCCAUGUAUCGUGAGAUUUUGAGUGAAAACCUCCUUCCAUCAGCAAGGGCAUUGAAGAUGAAACGUGGCUGGGCCUUUCAGCAUGACAAUGAUCCCAAACACACCGCCCGGGCAAUGAAGGAGUGGCUUCGUAAGAAGCAUUUCAAGUUCCUGGAGUGGCCUAGCCAGUCUCCAGAUCUCAACCCCAUAGAAAAUCUUUGGAGGGAGUUGUAAGUCUGUGUUGUCCAGCAACAGCCCCAAAACACCACUGCUCUAGAGGAGAUCUGCAUGGAGGAAUGGGCCAAAAUACCAGCAACCGUGUGUGAAAACCUUGUGAAGACUUACAGAAAACGUUUGACCUCUGUCAUUGCCAACAAAGGGUAUAUAACAAAGUAUUGAGAGAAACUUUUGUUAUUGACCAAAUACUUAUUUUCCACCAUAAUUUGCAAAUAAAUUCAUAAAAAAUCCUACAAUGUGAUUUUCUGGAUUUUUUUCUUCUCAUUUUGUCUAUCAUAGUUGAAGUGUACCCAUGAUGAAAAUUACAGGCCUCAUCUUUUUAAGUGGGAGAACUUGCACAAUUGGUGGUUGACUAAAUACUUUUUUGCCCCACUGUAUAUAGGACAAAACGCAUCACGACGAGACAACACUACUUUUUUUUAUUUAUUUUUUUACCUUUAACUAGGCAAGUCAGUUAAGAACAAAUUCUUAUUUUCAAUGAUGGCCUAGGAACAGUGGGUUAACUGCCUGUUCAGGGGCAGAACGACAGAUUUUUUACCUUGUCAGCUCGGGGAUUUGAACUUGCAACCUUCCGGUUACUAGUCCAACACUCUAAUCACUAGGGUAGCAUAAAGAGAGACAUAAGACAACAACAUAGCAAGGCAGCAACAGAUGACAACAUGACGACAACAACAUGGUAGACAUUAUUGGGCACAGACAACGGCACAAAGGGCAAGAAUGUAGAGACAACAAUCCACCACGCAAAGCAGCCACAACUGUCAGUAAGAGUGUCCAUGAUUGAGUCUUUAAAUGAAGAGAUUGAGAUAAAACUGUCCAGUUUGAGUGUUUGUUGCAGCUUGUUCCAUUCAAUAGCUGCAGCGAACUAAAAAGAGGGACCCAGGGAUGUGUGUGCUUUGGGGACCUUUAACAGAAUGUGACUGGCAGAACAGGUGUUGUAUGUGGAGGAUGAGGGCUGCAGUAGAUCUCAGAUAGGGGGGAGUGAGGCCUAAGAGGGUUUCAUAAAUAAGGAUCAACCAGUGGGUCUUGUGACGGGUAUACAGAGAUGACCAGUUUACAGAGGAGUAUAGAGUGCAGUGAUGUGUCCUAUAAGGAGCAUUGGUGGCAAAUCUGAUGGCCGAAUUGUAAAGAACAUCUAGCCACUCGAGAGCACCCUUACCUGCCGAUCUAUAGAUGAUGUCUCCGUAAUCUAGCGUGGCUUGGAUGGUUAUCUGAAUCAGGGCUAGUUUGGCAGCUGGGGUGAAAGGAGUGAUUACGAUACAGGAAACCAAGUCUAGAUUUAACUUUAGCUUGCAGCUUUGAUAUGUGCUGAGAGGACAGUGUACCGUCUAGCCAUACUCCCAAGUACUUGUAUGAGGUGACUACCUCAAGCUCUAAACCCUCAGAGGUAGUAAUCACAUCUGUGGGGAGAGGGGCAUUCUUAUCAAACCACAUGACCUAUGUUUUGGAGGUGUUCAGAACAAGGUUAAGGGUAGAGAAAGCUUGUUGGACACUAAGAAAGCUUUGUUGUGGAGCAUUUAACACAACCUGGGGAAGGGCCAGCUGAGUAUGACUAUCAUCUGUAUAUAAAUGUAAUAGAGCGCUUCCUACGGCCUGAGCUAUGUUGUUGAUGUAAAUUGAGAAGAGCGUGUGGCAUAGGAUUGAGCCUUGGGGCACUCCCUUGGUGACAGGCAGUGGCUGAGACAGCAGAUGUUCUGACUUUAUACACUGCACUCUUGAGAGAGGUAGUUAGUAAAACCAGGCCAAAGACACCAAUACUCCUUAGCCGGCCCACAAGAAUGGAAUGGUCUACCAUACCAAAAGCUUUGGCCAAGUCAAUAAAAAUAGCAGCAGAACAUUGCUUAGAAUCAAGGGCAAUGGUGACGACAUUGAGGACCUUUAAGGUUGCAGUGACACAUCCAUAACCUGAGCGGAAACCAGAUUGCAUACCAGAGAGAAUACUAUAGACAUCAAGAAAGCCAGUCAGUUGAUUGACAAGUUUUUCCAACACUUGAUAAACGGGGCAAAAUAGAAAUAGGCCAAGAUCUCCCCCUUUUAAAUAAAGUACAAACCGUGGCUACCUUCCCAGAAAGGAGAGAGGCUUUGCGAUGAUAGGGGCAGCAACCUUGAAGAAGAAAGAGUUUAAACCAUCUGACCCAGAUGUUUUUUUGGGGUCAAGUUUCAGAAGGUCCUUUAGCACCUCGGAUUCAGUGACUGCCUGCAAGGAGAAACUUUGUAGCGGGGCAGGGGAAAAAGAGGGAGAAACAUUGGGGAUAGUCACAUUAGAAGGGGUGGGAGAUGAGGAAAUGUCGGCCGGGCAAAGAGGCAUGGUGAGUCAAAUAGGAAUCCUGGCUUAAUGAAGUGGUGAUUAAAGAGCUCAGCCAUGUGCUUCUUUACAGUAACAUCAUCAACGUUAAGGGACAUGGGCAGCUGUGAGGAGGAGGGUUUAUUCUCCAGGUCUUUAACUGUUUUACAGAACUUCUUGGGGUUAGACCCACAGAGAGAUUAAUGUUCAAAUAAAAUACUACCUGCCCACGCAGCAAAUUAAUAUUGUAGUUACAAUUCAUAUGCUCAGCAAAGUAUAGUUUAGUGAACUCACAUUGGCUUAUAUAACGAGACCGCAUAAACAUUUACAAAUAGAAUUGCUACAUGAAAUGCCUAUCCACUUUUAUAUCCAUUAUAUUUUCUUUACUAUGACAUUGGCAAGCUCAAAACAUGGGAUUACUUGCCAAGAAAAGCACAGUGCUUGCUUCUGUUCUAUUCCAAAUAGUGACAUUUUUAUACUUGUAUAUGAACAUAAUUACUAUAGGAUUCUUGCGGCAGAGAGGGUGCUGUUAUUUUCACCAUUACUUUUCAUGGAACAGUGUCGACAAGGAUUAAAAUGAGGGUUGCUAAAUAUAUUGUAUAUGCAAUGAGCCAGGUAUUGCUCAAAACGCUUUGAAUUGAAUAUUUAAAGUCUUCAAGCUGUAUUGGUUUGAGUGGUAAGCAAUGUAUGAGGAAUGUAAAAUAGUCAACCGUUCCAUUCUCUUACAUGAAUACGAUUUAUGUCUCUGCUUGAAGGAAAGAAUUGUUAGAAAUUAAGAUAUUUUUGUUGGAAUGUUUUCUGACUAAGAAUCUCCUUUUUUCACUGGUGGGAAAAGACAAAAGUGCACUAGUUUGCCCUGAAGUUUGUUUUGAAUGUCUCUGGGUCGAUACUAUAAAAUUAGCCUUGUGUGUCAGGUGUCUGCAAUUCUUUAAUCUUAUCAAUUAACAUGUGAAACAAAGACAUCUUAGUUUGUUGAUGUUUCCAGGCCCUACUAUCUGCUUACUUGUCUGUAUUAUGAGCUGAUUAUACACUGCUAAAAAAAAUAAAGGGAACACUAAAAUAACACAUCCUA